GGUCCCACUCGUCCGACGUGGCUACAAGCCAGAUUAAACUAAUUAACUUAGGAAAGUAGAACAAAGGCGCCCGCGAAAAGCUCCGCCUCCGCAGUGCUCAGUAUUCGUGAAUUUCUUAAUCAAACUCUAAAAAAAAAUAAAAAUAAAGUUUUUCACUGCUAAUCGGAGCUGAUAUUCCGGCGAGCUGCUCCGGAGAUCCGUACGGAACCGUACAUUCGGGAGUUGGUGCUUGUCCGGGGACGAUUGGAUGGGAUAUGGCGGAGCCACCGUCUUCGCCGGUGAAGGACAAGUUGUUGAAGGGGAUAUUUGCGGUGGCGGGAAUCAUGUCCACCCUCGUCAUCUAUGGUGUCUUACAGGAAAAGAUUAUGAGAGUUCCAUAUGGAUCGAAUAAUGAGUAUUUCACUUACUCGUUAUUUCUUGUAUUCUGCAAUCGCAUUUCAACCUCUGCUGUCUCUGCUGGAGUUUUACUGGCAAGUAAGAAGGUCUUAGAUCCCGUAGCUCCUCUUCAUAAAUAUAGUGUUGUUUCUAUUUCAAAUAUUUUGACCACAACGUGUCAGUAUGAGGCCCUCAAAUAUGUCAGCUUUCCUGUUCAAACCCUAGCAAAAUGUGCCAAGAUGAUCCCUGUAAUGAUAUGGGGCACUCUCAUCAUGCAAAAGAAGUACCAUGGACCGGACUAUUUGUUGGCUUUCCUGGUGACAGUUGGGUGUUCAUUAUUUAUUCUAUACCCGGCAGCAGGUGAUAUUAAUCCUUACAAUAGGGGAAGGGAAAGCACUGUCUGGGGAGUCUCCCUUAUGAUUGGGUAUCUUGGGUUUGAUGGUUUUACAAGCACAUUCCAGGACAAACUGUUUAAAGGCUAUGAUAUGGAAAUACACAAUCAAAUAUUCUACACGACAUUAUGUUCUUGUUUCCUCAGUUUCAUUGGUCUAAUCUUACAGGGAAAUCUUGUCAUGGCGAUAGAGUUUGUUUCACUUCAUCAUGACUGUUUCAUUGACAUUCUUCUUCUUUCAACUGUGGCAACAGCCAGUCAAUUCUUUAUAUCUUAUACCAUCCGUACUUUUGGUGCUCUCACCUUUGCUACAAUAAUGACCACAAGACAGUUAGUAAGCAUUUUCUUAUCGUGCUUGUGGUUUGGCCACCCUCUGAGCUGGGAACAAUGCAUCGGGGCUGUGAUUGUGUUUGGUGCCCUUUACUCAAAAAGCUUCUUGAGAAAGAAACCGAAGCCUUUGCCCAUGGAAGACCCGGAGAGUGGAGCUUCGAUGCCCUCGAAGGGGAAUAACAUAUAAGACUGAACAUUGAAGGCCUCACUUUGCAUCCGAAGGAUGCCAGCCGAGAUAGGAUGAGACGUUGCCCUUGCGCUUUCCCCAAGUUUUGGUUCGUUCGCAUUCCUUUUCUGCUUUGUGCUUCAGAUAAACAGGAGUAGGUAGACAGUUAGGUUAGGCAAACUGACCAUGUUUUCUUUGGUGAGAAAGUAGGAGAUGUAGAACUCGGAAAGACAUACAUAAACUAUUUUUCUAUAGCUGGAGCCCCCUGUAGGUGCCGUGGGGGAGCUUUUCUAUACUUCUUGCUUUCUUUUUUUCUUGUUUUAUCAUGAAAUAUUUGAUUCCAAGUCCACUUAAUCCUACUUUUAUAUUCACAAUUUAUGAUUUAA